CGAACCCGGAAGCGCGAGGCGCCCGCCGGCUGCGCGGACAGUCGGGAGGAGGCAGUACGAUUGCCCGGACUCGCUCGGCUGCGUGCCCCGCCCCGCGGAGGCCGGCCCUCCAGAGAGCCCCCACUGCCGGCUGCGCCUGCGGAUACUGAGCGCUGCGGCCGCCGGCCGCGUCCCGGGCCCCGCCGCCUCCCUGGCCCGCGCUGGUGGUGGAGGGAGGAAGAGCCGCCUUGGGGAGGAGGGAAAGGGACGUGGGGGCGGCCACGGCAGGCCCACUGGGAGAAAGAUUUGAGAGACUGAGGAGUUACUUACUACCUGAAUGCAAAUUUCCAAAAGCUGUUAUACCGAGACAGCACAAGAUGAGGUGUCAGGGAACAAAGGUCAAGUAGGCAGCUUUUCCUCCCAUGAGGUUUAGAAGAUAAUGGAAUAAGUACCUGAAGGAAAGAGGAAUAAAUCUUCCCCUGAAGAGAUCUACGAAAAGGAUAGCUAUGGACUGGUGUGGUGAGGGUUAACCUCCAUUUCAGCUAAUCAUGGGAGAGAUUAAAGUCUCUCCCGAUUAUAACUGGUUUAGAAGUACAGUUCCCCUUAAAAAGAUUAUUGUGGACGAUGAUGAUAGUAAGAUAUGGUCACUCUAUGAUGCAGGCCCCCGAACUAUCAGGUGUCCUCUCAUAUUUCUCCCCCCUGUCAGCGGAACCGCAGAUGUAUUUUUCCGGCAGAUUUUGGCUUUGACCGGCUGGGGUUACCGGGUGAUAGCUUUGCAGUAUCCAGUUUAUUGGGAUCAUCUUGAAUUCUGUGAUGGAUUCAGAAAACUUUUAGACCAUUUACAACUGGAUAAAGUUCAUCUUUUUGGGGCUUCUUUGGGAGGCUUUUUGGCCCAGAAAUUUGCUGAAUAUACUCACAAAUCUCCCAGAGUCCAUUCCCUCAUCCUCUGCAAUUCCUUCAGUGACACUUCAAUCUUUAAUCAAACUUGGACUGCCAACAGCUUUUGGCUGAUGCCAUCAUUUAUGCUCAAAAAAAUAGUUCUUGGAAACUUUUCAUCUGGCCCAGUGGACCCUAUGAUGGCUGAUGCCAUCGAUUUCAUGGUGGACAGGCUGGAGAGUUUGGGUCAGAGUGAACUGGCUUCAAGACUUACCCUGAAUUGUCAAAAUUCUUAUGUGGAACCUCAUAAAAUUCGGGACAUCCCUGUAACCAUUAUGGAUGUAUUUGACCAGAGUGCCCUUUCAACUGAAGCUAAAGAAGAAAUGUACAAACUGUAUCCUAAUGCCCGGAGGGCUCACCUUAAAACAGGAGGAAAUUUCCCCUAUCUCUGCAGGAGUGCAGAGGUGAAUCUUUAUGUACAGAUACAUCUCCUGCAAUUCCAUGGAACCAAAUAUGCGGCCAUUGACCCAUCGAUGGUCAGCGCUGAGGAGCUCGAGGUGCAGAAGGGCAACCUCGGCAUCAGUCAGGAGGAGCAGUAGCUGUGGCUUUGGCGGUUAGUGACGAGCAGCCAGGGCACUCUUGUACAAUCAGUGGCGUCAGUGCCCGCCAGCCAGCCUCUCCGCCCGCUCUGUCAGGUUCACCGGCUAUCACUGUGUUUGGAAGUAGGACUGAAGGUCAUCGUUGUGACAGGUGGCAGCUCUUCUAAGCCAGUGUAACUGUUUCCUUUCGGUUUUUUUAGCUUUUGAAUUUGAAGUACUUUUGAAGACUCCCAUUUUAAGAAUUGUGAAAAUUUUGCUACCAAGUCUUCACCACUGUGUUCUUAAGUGAAUGUUAAUUUCUGAGGUUUGGGAUUUUGCGGGUUUUUUUUCCCUUUUCCUUUCUUUUUUUUCUGUUAUUUGCUGUAAAUGCUGCACAUCAAAUUGUGUAUUAGAAUGACAUUGAUUAUUUUUAUGCUUUCUUGGUUAUAACCAUUAUACCAAGGUUGUCACCCCACCAUUUGCUUGCCUGUAAAUCAGCUACUUCUAAUUUCCAGUCAAGCAAAUGAUUUCAGUGUUAGCUCUUGUCUUUCUAGCCAUUAUACUCAUUUGAAAUAAAAACUCAAUUUCA